GCAUCUGACAGAUGACAGUUUGCAUUCGCAUGUGUCACAUGAGUUGUCAAAUACGGCACGAAUUCUUUUCUAUUGUCAGAGUAGCGCUAAGCUAAGGCUUCAAGAUGUUGAUGCCAAAACAGAAUCGUGUCUCUAUUUAUGAGUACCUCUUCAAAGAGGGAGUCAUGGUAGCAAAGAAGGACUAUCAUGCACCAAAGCAUCCUGAUCUUGAGAAGAUCCCUAACCUACAAGUGAUUAAAGCUAUGCAGUCUCUUAAAUCGAGAGGUUAUGUCAAAGAACAGUUUGCAUGGAGGCAUUUUUACUGGUACCUAACAAAUGAGGGCAUCGAGUACCUACGAAUCUUCCUCCACCUGCCUCCCGAAAUUGUGCCCGCUACUCUGAAACGCUCGGUGCGGACAGAGACAGUGCGGCGUGGAGCAGUGGGUCGCCCAGACGCGCCUGCGCGCUCGGCCGAAGACCGAUCUGCAUACCGUCGCGCACCCACAGCUCCUGGUGGCGCCCCACACGACAAGAAGGCUGAUGUUGGUCCUGGUUCAGCUGGUGUUGAAUUUAGAGGAGGUUAUGGACGAGGCAACAGACCUGAACCCUAAUUUUAAAUAAAAUUUAAAUAACAAAACAG